AUGGCGACAAAGAAGGAUACUAAGCCGUGGCAGUCUCUAGCAGCUGGUACAUUCGCUGGAGCAGUCGAAGCAUUCGUCACCUACCCAACCGAAUUCGUCAAAACUCGUUCCCAGUUUGAUGGAAAUAAGGUAUAUACUCAACCGUUCAUCUCGACUCCGAACCGGAGCUCAUCUGACGUGAGCCCUCUGCCUAGCAAAGGAGGGCCCCAUAACGAUCGUUCGAAAUACUUGGAAUCAACAUGGUAUCCGAGGAUUUUACUCUGGGUUUAUGACAGAUUCAAACGAGCACUUGCGGAUAAAGAUGGAAAAGUCAGUGCUCCAAGGUCAUUAGUUGCCGGGUUGGGUGCGGGGAUGAUGGAAGCCAUUUUUGCAGUAACACCGUCUGAGACAAUCAAGACAAAACUCAUCGAUGAUUCAAAACUCCCUCAGCCCAGGUUUCGUGGUCUGAUCCAUGGGACCGGUAUAAUUGUUCGUGAAGAGGGUAUCCGAGGAAUAUAUCGUGGACUGUUCCCUGUUAUGAUGCGCCAAGGGGCCAACUCUGCCGUACGAUUCACAACUUAUUCGACUCUCAAGCAAUUCGUCCAAAGCAAUAUGCGCUUACGCGAAGGUGUACCACUACCAAGUAGCGUAACUUUUGGAGUAGGUGCAAUUGCAGGCCUUGUUACAGUGUAUACGACAAUGCCGCUCGAUGUCAUCAAGACCCGCAUGCAAUCCCUCAAGGCUCGCUCACAGUACAAGAACUCAUUCGACUGCGCUUACCAGACGUUUGUCAAUGAUGGGCUCUUGAGCUUCUGGAGAGGAGCUGCUCCUCGCUUAGCCCGAUUAAUGGCAAGUCGCCUCGAAAUUGAUGUCCUUCGCUCUACUAAUUCAUGUACUCACAGCUGA